GAGAUGCUUCCAUUAACUGGAAAAACAAUCAUCUUUGAUAACUUUCCUGAUCCUUCUGAUACGUGGGAAAUCACCGAAACGAUUGGCAAAGGAACUUACGGGAAAGUUUUUAAAGUAUUGAAUAAGAAAAAUGGCCAAAAAGCAGCAGUGAAAAUUCUGGACCCAAUUCAUGAUAUCGAUGAAGAGAUUGAAGCAGAGUAUAGCAUCUUAAAGACGCUUUCCGACCACCCCAAUGUCGUCAGAUUCUACGGGAUGUACUUUAAGAAGGAUAAAAUAAAUGGAGACAAGCUGUGGUUGGUUCUUGAGCUGUGCAAUGGAGGAUCAGUGGCUGAUCUUGUGAAGGGAUUUCUGAAGAAGGGCAAAAGAAUGAGUGAACCCAUAAUUGCCUAUAUUUUACAUGAAGCACUAUUGGGCCUUCAGCAUUUGCAUAACCACAAAACCAUCCACCGUGAUGUAAAAGGAAAUAACAUUCUGUUGACCACUGAGGGUGGAAUCAAACUCGUAGAUUUUGGUGUGUCUGCACAGCUCACCGGUACUCGGCACCGUCGGAAUACAUCCGUAGGAACGCCAUUUUGGAUGGCUCCUGAGGUGAUUGCAUGUGAACAGCAACUGGAUACCACUUAUGAUGCCAGGUGUGACACAUGGUCCCUGGGGAUCACGGCCAUCGAGCUAGGGGAUGGAGAUCCUCCACUAGCCGACCUUCAUCCCAUGAGAGCGCUCUUCAAAAUUCCAAGGAAUCCACCCCCCAAACUAAGACAGCCUGAGAUAUGGUCAGCAGAAUUCAAUGACUUCAUUAGCAAAUGCUUGACUAAAGAUUAUGAAAAGCGUCCAACAGUGUCAGAUCUUUUAGAGCAUAAAUUCAUCACUCAAAUUGAGGGCAAAGAUGUGAUGUUACAAAAACAACUCAUGGAAUUCAUCAACAUUCAUCAAGGCACGGGCGGCACAGAAAAGUCCAGACAUGAACGUAUUCACACCAAGAAAAGUAACUUCAGUAGAUCACUAAUGUCCAGUCUGAAGGAUGUAGAUGAUUUAGCAACCCUAGAAGUUUUGGAUGAGAAUACAGUCUCACAGCAACUUGAGAAGUGUUAUUCCAGAGAUCAGAUUUAUAUCUAUGUGGGAGAUAUACUCAUUGCUCUUAACCCUUAUCAGAGUCUGGGUCUUUAUUCCACAGAGCAUUCCAAACUAUAUAUUGGAGCAAAGAGAACUGCCAAUCCUCCUCACAUUUUUGCAGUGGCUGACUUAGGAUACCAGUCAAUGGUAACAUAUAAUUCAGAUCAGUGCAUUGUUAUUUCUGGAGAAAGUGGUGCUGGAAAGACAGAAAGUGCUCACCUUUUGGUUCAGCAGCUGACGGUGCUUGGAAAGGCUAGUAAUAGAACCCUGGAAGAGAAAAUUUUACAAGUGAACAAUUUGGUGGAAGCCUUCGGCAAUGCCUCCACUAUUAUAAAUGACAAUUCCAGCCGAUUUGGAAAAUACUUAGAAAUGAAAUUUACCUCUUCUGGAGCUGUCGUGGGAGUACAGAUUUCUGAAUACCUUCUGGAGAAAUCGCGAGUUAUCCACCAAGCUCUUGGAGAAAAAAAUUUUCAUAUUUUUUACUACAUCUAUGCUGGAUUGGCUGAAAAGAAGAAACUAGCCCAUUACAAAUUGCCUGAAAAUAAGCCUCCCAGAUACCUACAAAAUGACCACCUCAGAACAGUGCAGGACAUGAUGAAUAAUAGUUUCUAUAAAUCCCAAUAUGAAUUAAUUGAGCAAUGUUUCAAAGUCAUAGGUUUUACAAUGGAGCAACUUGGAAGUAUAUACAGUAUACUGGCUGCAAUCUUGAACGUUGGCAACAUUGAGUUUUCUUCUGUGGCAACUGAACACCAGAUUGACAAGAGCCGCAUUUCCAAUCAUGCGGCUCUGGAGAACUCCGCUUCUCUGCUUUGCAUUCAGGCAGAUGAGCUACAAGAAGCUCUCACCUCCCACUGUGUGGUCACUAGAGGAGAAACCAUCAUACGACCCAAUACUGUAGAAAAAGCCACUGAUGUCCGAGAUGCUAUGGCGAAAACUUUAUAUGGGCGUCUCUUUAGUUGGAUAGUCAAUCGUAUUAACAGCUUAUUGAAGCAUGGCACAUCACUAAGUGGGAAUGGUGAUGAACUGAGCAUUGGCAUUCUGGAUAUAUUUGGCUUUGAAAAUUUCAAAAAAAAUUCCUUUGAGCAGCUGUGCAUUAACAUUGCAAAUGAGCAAAUUCAGUAUUAUUUCAAUCAACACGUGUUCACAUGGGAACAGAAUGAAUACCUAAAUGAAGGUGUUAAUGCCAGAGUGAUUGAAUAUGAAGAUAACCUGCCCCUCCUAGAUAUGUUUCUGCAGAAGCCAAUGGGUCUACUAUCCCUACUCGAUGAAGAAAGUCAAUUUCCCAAGGCCACUGACCAGACUCUUGUGGAAAAAUUUGAAGGUAACCUGAAAUCACAGUACUUCUGGAGGCCCAAAAGAAUGGAACUUAGUUUUGGAAUUCACCACUAUGCAGGAAAGGUCCUCUAUAAUGCAAAUGGGUUCUUAGCUAAAAAUAGAGACAGUCUUCCAACUGAUAUUGUGCUGCUUUUGAGGUCAUCAGAAAACAGUGUGAUUCGGCAACUAGUCAAUCACCCUCUGACAAAAACAGGUAAUCUGCCACAUUCUAAAACUAGAAAUAUAAUAAAUUAUCAAAUGAGGAAUUCAGAAAAAUCAAUCAACUUGACAAAGGAUCAAAGUGGAGAAGCCACAGGUCAUACCACAGAGACAAUCAACAUGAAGACACAAACAGUUGCAUCAUAUUUUAGAUAUUCCCUGAUGGAUUUGUUAUCCAAAAUGGUGGUGGGCCAACCUCACUUUGUCCGUUGCAUCAAACCAAAUAACGAACGUCAGGCAAGAAAAUAUGACAAAGAGAAAGUUCUCCUACAGCUUCGUUACACUGGAAUUCUGGAAACAGCAAGAAUUCGAAGGCUGGGAUACUCUCAUAGGAUACUUUUCUCCAACUUCAUAAAGCGGUACCAUGUUCUCUGCUACAAGUGGAACGAAGAGCCCCCAGUGAGCCCUGACACCUGUGCUGCCAUUUUGGAAAAAGCUGGUCUGGAUAACUGGGCUCUUGGAAAAACAAAAGUGUUCCUGAAAUAUUAUCAUGUGGAACAGUUAAAUUUAAUGCGAAAGGAAGCCAUUGACAAGCUUAUUUUGAUUCAAGCCUGUGUCAGAGGAUUCCUGUAUUCAAGAAGAUACCAAAAAAUACAGGAGAAAAGGAAAGAGAGUGCUAUAAUAAUACAGUCAGCUGCAAGAGGACAUCUAGUCAGGAAACAAAGGAAAGAAAUUGUUAACAUGAAAAACACAGCAGUAACAACCAUUCAGACCAAUGAUCAGGAAUUUGACUACAAGAAAAACUUUGAAAAUAAAAGGGAAUCUUCUGUGAAGAAACAGACAGAAAAUGCAGUUUCUACUAAUGAAACAGUCAUUCCAGCUCCAAACAAUAAAGAAAGUACCUCUGUAGUGAAGAAUUCUACUUUCAAAGCUGAAGAGGAAGGCACUCUGGCCAUUGGAAAUAACAACAGAGGAUAUCAAACUCAGAAAAAAGUGAAUAACAUGUUUGAGGAAGAGGCUAAGCAAGAACCACAUCUAGUGGGGGACCCUUGGGCAGAAGGACACUCGCAAAAGAAGUAUAUGAAAGACCUGGAAGAGAACAGUAAGAUAAGGAAAGUGGAGAAGGAGGAAACUGUGGUCCAGAAUUACUACCAGAGGUAUGCAGAGGAAAGGAAUUCUGAAGAACCCAAAGCAGCAUAUCUAGAAAGGAAGGCCCUAUCAGAAAGGCCAAGCUACCCAGGACUUUGGUCAGCGGAGAAUGAGACAAAGCAGCCUUCUUUUAGAAAGACUUUGGAACCUAGUCUUAGCCAAAAGUCAGUCUAUCAAAACACAAAUAGCAAGGAAAAGGAAAAGAAGACAUCAGUAGUGACCCAGAAGGCACCAGCCUGCAGCCAGCAGAGAUGCCAUCUGAGGCCAGGGACGGUCCGAGAGAGGCAGGCCGAAGCAAGAGUCCGAGCUCAGGAAGAAGACAGAUCAGCAGUGUUCAUUCAGAGCAAAUACCGGAGCUACAAGAGGAGGCAGCAAUUAAGGAAGGACAGGGUGUCUUCUUUUAAAAACCAAAAGAUUAUUGCGACACCGACCGAUGUAGCAAGAAAUACUCAUGAUCUGUAUUCUUAUCCCACAAAACAUGAGGAAUCCUGUAAUUCCAGGACAAAGAAUGACAAAGACCCAAAAACAGUUUUAGAGAAAGAAGCAUGUGAUUUGGCCAUCUUUUCAAAACAGAUAUCAAAGUUAUCUGAAGAAUAUUUCAUUCUGCAGAAAAAACUGAAUGAAAUGAUUUUGUCACAGCAACUGAAGCCUCUUUAUCUGGGUGUCUAUCCUCAUAAGCCAAUUAAUAGACGAAUUUCUUCUCAGCAGUGCCUCUCAGGUAUCUCUAAAGAAGAAGAACCAAAAAUAUUGAGACCCCCAAGACGGCCCCGGAAACCCAAAACAUUAAAUAACCCUGAGGACUCCACAUACUAUUAUCUGCUACAUAAGUCAAUCCAAGAAGAAAAACGAAGACCAAGGAAAGAUAGUCGGGGAAAAUUAUUAGACCUGGAAGAUUUCUAUUAUAAGGAAUUUUUGCCCAGUCUUUCUGGACCAAAGGAACAUAACUCUAGCUUGAGAGAAGGAAGACAACAGGGAGAACACCAGCAUCAAUGUUUUAAUGCUAACGAAAGGUGCUGGGCGGGUGAGAACCAGGAGCAGGAGGAAAGCGACUCCGCAGCCAAUCCCUACGACUACAGGAGGCUCCUGCGCAAAACCUCCCAGCGGCAGCGCCUCGUGCAGCAGGUGUAGCCCGGCUGUUCUGGGGGCCAUCCCAUGAGAAUGUGCGCGAGACUGCGGGGCUUUGCAGGGGCCAAGCGGGAGACCCUCGGACGCUGGCACCACAGGAAGCUAAAGCCGCGGCCCUGACCUUGGCAGGGGCUGCCCGCUGCGCUCGCCCCUCGAGUGCCUGGGCCAGCCUCCCCGAAGGCGGAGAAGUGAGAUCUUUUCGGACGCCGUGUCUCCGCGCUCCGGCACCCUCUACUCCCACCAGCCCGCCAGUCGGGGCAUCCCUAUCCCUGGCCCCCUGUGUAUCUCUUUGUUCACUCAUUUACAACUCCUGUGGACCCGACUGCGCCUGAGCUCUCGCCGAUCCCUCCCCUCUCGUUUUGGAUGACUUCAAAGAUCUCUUUUUCCUUGGAAACGGCUCUCCCAGCCCCGCGGAACACUCGAGGGCCGAGCAAAACAGCUCGGGUGGGAGGAGAGGAGAGGG